UCAAGCCAAUUGACGAACUUGCUGAAAUCACCAUGUUGCUGAAAAGUACGAUGCUCCUAAAAACCCAUCGGGCCCUUGCUCCAUUUUAUGGCACUUCUAGUGCCUUCCAAAAUGCCAAGCAGCUUAGUACUUAUGCUGAAAUAGCACGUCAGAGAAGAUCGCUCCAGGGUCGAGUGGCUGUCCUGACCGCGUCCACUGAUGGAAUCGGAUUCGCUAUGGCCCAACGUUUGGCGUUAGACGGAGCCCACGUUGUCAUCAGCAGUCGGACUCAGGAAAAUGUAGACGCGGCGCUCGAUAAACUCAAAAGCCAAGGUUUCUCUGCUUCCGGAAUCGUUUGCCACGCAGGUGUCAAGGAAGAUCGUGACAAACUGAUUGCAAAAGCCGUUGACGAAUUUGGAGGAUUCGAUAUUUUGGUAUCGAAUGUUGCAGUCAAUCCCGGUGGAGGUGGACGUCUUAUGACAUGCAACGAAGAUGUAUGGGAUAAGAUAUUCUCCAUCAACCUUAAGUCUAGUUUCUUCUUGGCCAAAGAAGCUCUUCCUUACAUGGAGAAGAAAGGUAAAGCAUCGAUCAUUUUCACCUCGUCCAUUGUGGGAUUUGUUCCAAACUACGCGGUCGAGUUUUUGGGAGCGUACGCAAUCAGCAAAGCGGCUCUCUUGGCCUUGAGCAAAUUAAUGGCGAUGGAAUUAGGCCCGAAAGGAAUUCGUGUGAAUUGCAUCGCCCCUGGUUUAAUUGAAACUCGAUUCGGUGCAGCGGCAGUAAAAGAUGAACGAGCUCAAAAGAUUAUUAAGGGACUUUGCCCGCUAGAAAGAACUGGGACGUCGGAAGAAAUGGCCGGUUUGGCAUCGUUUUUAGCAUCCGAUGACUCGUCGUACAUAACUGGAGCCAAUAUCGUUGCUGCUGGUGGACUUCACUCCUCGUUAUAACCACUCACAUCACCAUGGAUUUAAGGGAUGAAUUGAUAAGGCAACUUCAAACCAGACAAUGGAUUGAAAACCUUAACAGCCGUACACUUUGGCCCUUGGAUUUCCGACAACGUUUUGCUGCAUUGAGUAUUUAAUUCAAAAUUUUAAAAAGGUUAACAGAAGUCUUGGUUGAUUUUUAAGAUGAAUUAGCGAGUUUUAACAUGUGUUUGUGCAAUUCAAAGACAUCCACAUAAAAAUACUGAGCGUUUUGGUUUCCAGUUGGCGAUAGCGGUGCAUAAUCUAGCAAUAACAUGUUACGUA